GAACAGUAUGGUGGGUUUCCCAGGUACAUCCCCAGGUGAGGAGCCCAGGUCCAGUCAGUGUAUAUCCCGGCCCCUUGUACUGCAGUGGCAGUGUGUCUCCAGUGCUCGCAGACCCCACACGCUUCUAUCUCUGCUCCACAACGUAUCGCAGAUAUGAAAUUGGCGGUGAAGACCAGUGCCCUCUUGCUAGCGGCGCUGCUGGGGCUGGUGGACUCUCAGAUGUACUUUCCGAGCCGUCCUCAGAGGAAUCGCGAUGAAAACAGCGAUGAGGUUAUUUUUCCAAAACCGACAAAUUUUCCCCGGAGGUCAGUUGUUUUUCCGCAGCCAGCUGUUUCUCUCCAGGGAUUUCUAGAGGCUAAUGGACAAAUUGGCCAAGCACCUCGACAGUCCAAUACUGAACAAUUUGGGAAUAAUCAAGGCGUCACAAUAAUUAGACAACCAGGUAAUUUUCGACUAGUCGAGAAUGGCAAAACACCUCCAGUAAUUCGACAGCCUAAUCGUCAACAGCAAGGUCUAGGUGGUCAAGGAUUCGCAGGAACUCAACAGCCAAUUAGUAAUAUACAAAUUGGCAGUAUUGUAACACCCUUUCCACAACAAUUUAAUCCUCAAUUUGGAAAUAGUCAAAUAAGCCCAGGAAUUGGUGAAAGUUUCCGAGAGGUGCUACAGCCUGAGCGCCGUCAAGAAACCGGGAGUGGUCAAGGAUUUACAGGCACUCAACAGCCUAGACGUCCCCAAACAUCCGGGAAUGGUCAAGGAUUUACAGGCACUCAACAGCCUAGUCGUAACCAACUAUCCGAGAGUGGCCAAGGAUUUACAGGCACUCAACAGCCUAGACGUCCCCAAACAUCCGGGAACGGUCAAGGAUUUACAGGCACUCAACAGCCUAGUCGUAACCAACUAUCCGAGAGUGGCCAAGGAUUUACAGGCACUCAACAGCCUAGACGUCCCCAAACAUCAGAGAGUGGCCAAGGAUUUACAGGCACUCAACAGCCUAGUCGUCCCCAAACAUCAGAGAGUGGCCAAGGAUUUACAGGCACUCAACAGCCUAGUCGUCCCCAAACAUCAGAGAGUGGCCAAGGAUUUACAGGCACUCAACAGCCUAGUCGUCCCCAACACGCUGAAAAUGACCGGGUAACCCCAGUAUCUCAACCAAAUAUUCCCAAUUUCCAACCUGGUAGGGCUGACAAAGAGUUCAUUCCUGGUCAGAGCGGCGGGUCUCCAAGCCGUCGUCGUCACCAUUUGUGUGGAGUGAAACCCACGCCAGGAGAAUGCAGAGGAGCCUUCCCCAGGUUCUACUACAACCCGGAGACAGACCAGUGUGACUGCUUCGUGUACGGCGGGUGCGGACAGGAGGGACUCGAGUCCAGCUACAAGACUCUUGAGGACUGCCACCGGACUUGUCUCCCCAGCAGCCUGCAGGAAGGACCAACUUGCAAUACUGUGUUCGCAGAUGAGCAGAAAGUUUUUCACCACAAACCGCCGCCAAUACAGCCAAACCCCACCUUUUUCCACGAUAGUUUAACCGCCGAUCAGUUUUUAAAACAGGCACUUUUUAGAUUCAAAUAAGUAUCUUACGGGCCACCAUCUAGCUCGUGCCUCAAACAUGACAGUUUAAUAUUAUAUAUAUAGAUACACAUACAGAAUAACCACAGUGAAAAUUUAAAGAUUAACAACCUUUCGACUUAAUCAAACCUUCAUCAGCUCUGAUGAAGGUUUGAAUAAGUCGAAUAUAUAUAUAUAUAUAUAUAUAUAUAUAUAUAUAUAUAUAUAUAUAUAUAUAUAUAUAUAUAUAUAUAUAUAUAUAUUUAAUAACGUACAGACAAUAACACACAAAUAAUUUUUAGAGUAAACUUAGACUAAAAUAUCUACAAUACCAAUCCAACCUCAAGCCAAGCCUGUCCUAGCUGCACAACCCUGAAAGACUACAAAAAAUAGGGCAAACGUCAGUUUUUUUUUUCUUAUGCUGUAACAAACAAGAUUUUCUCGUUCCAUUUAGAGUUGCAUAGCCUGAGGAGUGUUGGCUCAGAUGCAUAGUCUAAGGAUGGGUUGCACCACACGAGAGAAGUCACUUAUGUUGAUAUUCAACAUUUGUGCAACAUUGGUGAACUUCUCUCGUUUUAUAUAAUUUAUAUUUGUACCAGUUUUCUUCCCAUGUAAUUGUUAAUGUUUGUUGUGUUUGUAUUAAUAAAAGGUGAAGACAA